AAGGUUUAAAAACUGCCGCCGUUCCAACGGGCAAUCACUUUUCCAUAUUCGCUCGAGAAGGAAGGAGUGAAGAGAAAAAAUAAGAAAACUCAAAUUUGAAACAGAAAUGGCUAUGAAAUUAAUCGUUGUUCUUCUUGCUUUAGCUACAAUCGCCGGUAAGAGAUUUUGCAAAGUUUCUUAAAAGCGUAGUUAAUUGUUCACUUGCGAAAUGGUUCAUUUGGGAUAUUGUUGUAGCAGUGUAAUUUGGGGAUACAUUUAAGAAAUGCCAGCUUGCGCAAAACGAAACUGAGACGACUCUUUUGAGCUAAAAGGGGAGAAAACGUUUCUGUUUAAUCUGGAACUGUUCUUAAACUAAGGCGGUUUAGAAUUAGUAUAUGAUCUUAGAACUCAUGUUUUUCAAAAUUGACUGAAGGCUUUGCUGUAAUUUAGAGAUAUAUUUUAGUAAGAAAUGGCAGUUUACGCAAACUGAAAAACGAUGCAUGCUUCAGUUGUAUAUUUUGGAAAAAAUAGGUAAAUCUCAGAGAGAUUUUGGCAGUUUGCAACAAGGCGGAUGGAAUAGAUAGGCUUUCAAGUGCAAAGUUAUGUUAAGAUUUUACCAAAGAGGAAAAAAGAUAUGAAGAGAUACAAGACAAGUGUAAUUUUUUUCGAAGUUGAUAUUUUCUUCGACUUGCUUACGCUAUGACUGUUGAUAUUAAAGAAUCUAUAGUUUCUUAAAAACCUACUGCAUGGUCGCUUUUUUCUAGUAGCAUCGAGCUUCGAUAUAAGAAUAACUGAAUUCGAAGGGUAAUUGCGCGCAAGUGAAAACAUGCGCUAUAUGGCUGAAAUUUGGUUAAAAAAUUAUCUAAACGAUCUCUUAUCGGGAAGUAAAAAAAUUUCCAAUUUUUCGCUUUUUCUACUGCAAAAUUUGUUAGUAAUUUUAAGCUGCAGUAGUAAUUUGAAGAACACAAUUUAGUUUAGUGAAUAUCACAUGAAUUUUAAUGUGCUUAACGUGUCGUUCAAAUUGACAACCGAAAGUAGUACACCUCAUCCCUAAUGUCCAUGUGCGGUAGAUAAGAAUUUUUUUAAAUUUGAAAACAAUAGUGAUAAUUUGCAAAGUUUUUAAACCAUUGAUCUUGUCGCUUAUAAUAUAUGGAAUAUAUUUCAUAUAUAUCUAAUACUGCAAAGUCAAAGAACACGAGAAAAUUUCAUGCCUAAACGGGACAAAAAUAAGGAUAAUAAUAUCCUCUAUUUCAUCGCGAUAAGUUACACCGACGAUUCAAUGCGGUUAGCGAUUCAUGAAUCGUUGGUUUGAAAUGUGUUUUGCAUGCAUUCCUCUUAAAUAGUAAGCUUUUUAAAAUAAAUAUUUCUUCGUCGAAGCAGUUUCUGACAGAACUUCGAUCUAUAAGUCACUUAUAUAUACUCAGUGUUUUUAAUCCUAUAUAGGAUAACUAAAUUCCCAUCUCUACUACGCUACUUAAUUCUGGAGUUCUUAAAAUUCGUUUCGGAACUUUGUGGCGAGUUUUAUCCAAUUUUUGCGGACUUAACGCUUGUCUUGGAGGGCCGUGUGGUUUAUAUAAAUUCCAUUUCAAAAUCAUGUAUGCUAAUUUUGACAUUGCGAAGAUCAAUCAAAGCAAAGUUAAUUGAGGGCCAUCAUUUUAAGUAAGGAGACAGCCAGUACAUCAUAAACAUGAUUGAGUAUUCGAAAUAGUAAAAUUUUGGAAAUACUGCCGGGAAAUUCUGGAUAUGUAUUGCCAUCGUGCCACACUGCUUAUAUUGUAACUCGCGGUUAUAUCAAAAAGACUUUUACUGCUAAGUGGCUUUUAAAAUAUUGUUUCUACAUUUUGACGUUGGUGGCAAAGCAGUUAGUGUACACGAACCUUUAAUAUCUGUGAUCAGAGAUUGAUUCUUCGGCAAUAUAUGCAUUUUUUUUUAUUAUAAUAUCGCCUCGGUCGCAUGUGCGGGGAGUCCUUCAAGUUACUCCCGGGCACUCCGUUUUUCUCCUGCAUGAAAUAACAAAUAUAGACAAUAACUGCAUGUUAUAGUCUGCGCAAAAGUGCGCAAAAUUGCGUAUUCAGUAGAAACUGCAUGACUUAAAUUUGAUCAUGCGUGUAGGUUAAAAAUGCUCUCAAACAUAAGAUAUUCUGACUAAAAUGUAACGCACAAUUAUUCUAAGAUGAAAUGUUAGAAAGUGAUUAAAAUAAUUUAAGGAAAUAUUAUUUAAAGUAUAUAUACAACACCAACCGAUUAUACGGUCAGAAACCGAAUAAAAGUGUUGUAAUUUCUUCAUGACUUGUAAGCCAUUAAGCUAGAAUUAUGUUUUGGAACCGUAUAAAACCGUGUGCCUAUCGUACUCACUAUAGAACUACUAUUCAGUCGGCAAGGAUGCCCUAUAUGACUCAAAGACCGCACAACACACACAAUUUACUGAUUCAUUGUCCGUUUUAUCUAUAGCUGGGCUAAUACGAGCGUGUUUUGGUUUAUGAAAUGGUAGAGAGUGCUCGAUAUCAUAUAGAUAGAUCAAGUAGUAUAGCUGUUAGCUUUGCUUGCCACAAGCCGGUUGCCAUGCACUUCAGCCUGUUGUAUCCAGGGACGCCGGAACGAUGUGAAGGCAAGGGGGGCAGAUUUUCAUGGAAGGGCACUUUUGAAUUGAUAUAUACUAAGAGAUGUUUGCAAAACAGCGGGAGUUGAACUUUGCCUAAUCAUGUUUUCUAUUUAUUGGAUGAUAGGGGUGUGAGGGGGUUCUCCGCCAGGCGAUUGUGCUAUUCUUGAAGCUCAAUGACUGCAUUUCUUGCGUUUUCUGAAGCAAAUUCGUAAAAGAAUUGCACUAACAUUUCUGACAAUUCGCUAUUUCGCCAAGGCAAUCCUUUAAAUUGAAAGGGCACCUUUGCCCACCUUGCCCCUCCUGGUAAAGGGCAACGGGGGCGGCUGCCGCUCCUGCCCCCCCCCCCAGUUCCGGCGUCCCUGGUUGUAUCCAAUGAAGGAAUCGUUAAGAGAUCCCUUCAUUGGACGAAACAAGCUGUAGUAACUUGGUUAAUGUAUAUAUUCUGAAUCAAGCGCCUUAAAAUCUGAGAUAUUCAUGUAUAUUUUGAUCUCUUGUUUAAAGGCAAAUUCCCUUAUUGCCCUAUAAUAUGACAAUGAGUGACAUAUGAUAAAUUAUUAUAGGCAUACUGGAAGGCGUCACAUAUUAUAAUGGCUAAUUCUUUGUGUCAACCUUAACAUAUAUGUGCUAAUGUUAGUAUUAGUCGGUAUUUAGCAAUAUAUAUAAUAUUAAAACGUGCAUGUUUUUAGCGCUGUUGUAUAACAUGGUCAACUUUUAAUUGAACGCAUGCAAUCGAUCAAUGUUAAGUGCCAACUAAAUAUCCUCAUCAAUUUUGAAGCAAAAGUUUAGAAACGUACUGUUUUUGCUAAUUUGACGGAUUUAAGCUAUUAUUGUCUAUAUCAAUAGGCGUGCUGGCUUAUUUUUGUGGUUUUGUUUAACACUACCCACAAAAACUUUAGAUUAUUCAGUUGCAAAUGAGGCAUUGAUUUUUAAGUCCAAAUAUUUUCGAAAAUGCGGUCCUUUUUACACUGAUUAUAAGAUAAAAAACGUGAAAAUAUUUGUAUAUAUAACAUUGUUGCAAGCUGUUACAAGUUUGUUAUUAAGCUGAUAUCAUACAGGUUCGCACCGCUUGUUCUCUGCGAAUGUUUUGACAAGUUUGUUACAACUCGGUGUCAUCUCGUAACAGGCUUGGGGACUGCCGUCUGACUUGUUGCAAGUUGUUUUGAUAUUUCUGAUAUGGUCUCAACGAACCUCACUGAAUGAUUACUUUUAGUUUUAAACGUUCUGUUCUCCCUAUGGAGGUCAUCGUUUAUUGUUUCUGAUUACUACAGGGGAAAACCUAAAUUAACUUUGCCUUUGUUUUUGCCAGAUAGCUCUAUCAGUUCUAAACUGUUCUCCCUAGUCUGACUAGGACCUAGAGGUCUAGUAAGGCUGUCUUUCAUUGCUGUAUAGGGUUACAGAAAUCUAAACUAAUUUUAUUUGGACUGUAUUGCUCUACUAUGCAGUUCUAAACUGUAUUGUUCUCCCCAGAGUUCCAGAAACUUGAAUGCAUUGAAGCUACGACAGUACGAGAGUCUGUUCGGGCUCAUCAACCUUGUUACAAGAUGAUAACAAUGUGUUCAGACUUGUCAACAACUGCGAACAAGCAGUGCGAACACAUCUAGUUGACAAGCUGUGACAUUUUCACGCGGCACAGUCACAGACGGUUAAAGGCGCAUGCGCUGAGAAUAGUGUAGCACUUUCGUAAUCUCAAAUGAUGAAAAAUAUGAUAUUUUCCUUAAAAAAAAAGCAAUACCGCGCGCUUGAAGUAGCACUGUGUUUAACAUCAUAAUCUGUUCCAAAUCUAGACAAGCAAAUCUCAAGCCUUUGUCUCGAGCAGUUAAUUGUUAAACAUAUAGAUAUCUUAUUUUUUCGAUAUCUUUUUAAACUGAUGAUCCUUUUUGUUUUGAAUACGCUAUUAACAGGACUUGUCUAUUAUAAUUUUUUGCCGGUAUGCCGUCGACAUCUUUGUAAACAAUACUAGCUGAUAAGCCGGUUUCCGACGGCUAAUUGUUUCUCGCCAAAGGAUAGUUCUAUUGUCAAAAAUUGAAAGAAAUCGAUUAGAUAUCUAAUGAGCUCAAACCGAAAGCAUACCAAACAGACGAAUAUAAUUGUUGGCGUCUCAAAAUCAUAGAUUAUCAUAGCAUUGUGAAUGUGGAUUUCGCUUUACAAGGAUUCGAAUAAGUAAAUAAAUAAAACAUUAAGCGGUUUGCCUUGUUAGGCAUACUUAAUUGAGGUUUAUAGCGAUGUUUGAUACGGCUCAGUCAGCGUGCUGCGUGUUUUGGUAAAGUUUUAAUUUUUUCCGAACGAAUCAUGAAUUUCAUGCGGUACCGCAAAGCGUCGCGGGGCGCAUUGAUAACUUUAUUUGUGUUUUCAGUAUUUGAAAUAGGAAAGCAUUUUCAGCAAGAUAAUUUUAUUUGAGCAGUUGGCCUGCAGAAUGGAAUUGCGUUUCUCAGUUUGUGUCAAUGUCAUAGAGUGGACCAUAGACAAUAUAUGCUCUUUACUCGACUGACUUUGGAUGACGCGUCACAUCCAAAAUACUGCCAAAGCUAGCCAAAUAUAAAGGUCCUAUAGCUUCCUCCGCAGUCUCUCUAUGGGUUUUAGCCUGCGAAUAAGUUUUGAAAAAAAAAUUUUCCAAUUCCUCGGGUGAGAUGCCUGCGGAGGAGGCUAAUGGUCCUACGUCUAGGGCUGAUGGGUCCUGAUGUUACGACACAUUUGGUAGGGGUAAUGGGCCAUAUAGGGAGAGCUGUUAAACGUUGCAAAUUUUCGUGCAACUUUAAUUCACCAGAUUUAAUUACGUUUAUAUACCUUGUUUUAUACUUGAUCAAUAAUGAUACAUUCGAGGCGAGGUGUACUACUCUCCGAUAUCAAUUUAAGCUUGGUUCACACUGGCAAUGUUGUCGGCGAUUUUGUGUUUCUGACAGAUGCAAAUGAGUGAACUCGCACACAAAAGUAUAGAGUCGCUUUUCAGAAGUAAACAAUUCUAAGUCUUUUGCAUGUCAUUCAUUCGAUCACAUUUGCCAGGAGGGAAUGAAGCUGGAGUAAUACGAGCAACAAAAUUGCUGCAACUUGCAACAAAAUCUGAUUUCAACGCAUGUUUAAGUAGAAAUGUUGACACAUGUUGCCUCGUGACUUGUAAUGUAUAUGUGAACAUUCUCAAUUAACAUGCGUUGAAAUCAGAUUUUGUUGCAAGUUGCAGCGAUUUUGUUGCCCGUAUUACUCCACCUUAAUUAAUUGCCAACAGAAUUGUUAGUAUGAGCCAGGCUUAAAACUAUGUCCACGUGUAUUUAUUUAACAAAGCUUUAUGUCAUACUGUAUAUGCACACAUUCACUGGAAAAUAUUCAGCUGAGUAUUUUGACUCAAGACUGAGUAUUUUGACUGAGUAUUUUGACUCAUGCAAUGCACCCACAAGCAUGACUCCAACUUCUCAGUGAAAUCGAACCCACGAUCUCAGAGGUUGAAGGACUGCGACACCGCGGAUCCUCCUUUCUAAACGUAGGCGAGAGAUUUAGCUAUAUUUUCAAGCCGAUAGGUUUCAAUGUAACCUCCUACAUAAUUAUAAAUCAAAAUAUACACCGAACCACACGAAGGCUUUUACUCUUGCGAUAAAUUAGCGAACUACAUGCAUCGAUUAACAAUAAUCAAUUUUGAUAAUUAAUUAUCGCAAAACUAUCAAAAUCUUUUUCGUGAGAACAAUGUCAAUGAAAUUCACACCAUAUGGCGUGUAGAAAGACAAUGAAAAACUUAAUGGAUUCGUUAAUUGUUUAGAUAAGCAAAAUUAGCGCUCUCCCCAAAAGCCUUUUCCUUGCUUUUGUCUUCGACAAUUUCCGUAUACGGAUGCGUUCAUUAGAAGUUUUAAUAAUCGUUUUCCUUACUAAGCCUAAGGCAAUGAAAUUCUUAAUAUAAAGUUAAACUCCGACUACCUCCUUAAACUAUAAAAUAAUGUAUCCGAAAAUUAGCAUCUCAGUAAAUUUGAAACCCCAAAAUAUGGAUUAUAUAAAACCAAGACGCAUAUAAGUUUUGGUGAUAUUUCGAUUUAUUGACAUGAAUAAUUAAAAUUACAUUGAAAAUUAACGGUUGAAAAACGUUCUCUCCGACUCACCAAAACGACAAGACAGUGGCAUGUUUUUCAAUCUUUAUAGGAUUGCUUUUCAAUUAAAUUGAAAGGAUACAAAAUAAACGAAACAAAUUAUAUUUUCUGCAAAUGAUUAAAUUUAUGAUUUUAUGCACCCCUCUCUUUUUCAAAAGUUGCAUUCUUCAGAGUUGACAUUUUGAAUUUUUUCCACAACUAAACCUUUCUGUUUUUAAAUGCAUUACAUAUACAUAUACAUAAGAAUUUAUUUCAUAAAUUCUUUGACGGUUUAUUGUGGGCAAAAAUAUUUCACACUUCAGUGAAAGAGAUUCGAGAAAUCAGUCAAGAAAAUAAUAUUUUCAAUUUAUUUUUUACGUUUAUUUUUCACUCUUUUUACAGCGGCUGCGCCAAGAUCGCGAAAUUAUUUCGCUGAUUAUCUAUUCCGAAGAGGUAAGGAACUAUUGUCUAUUAUUACUACUAGAAUUUCAUUGACUGGGGGAAAAGUGGGACAAAAAUAGAUUUGUUUUGUCAGUGUUCAUUAACUUUGCAAUAUUGGCUGGAACGGUGUCAAGGGUUAUAUUCAAGGUUGUAGUUCUAAAAAUGUAUAUAAUUCACACUUGGUAUAACUGCUACAACGACUGCUAAAAUGAAAAGAAAAAUUUUCCAAAAUGUUGGUAUUUUACUCUUUCUAAGUUUCAAUGAUUUUUUUAAUUUUCAGGCAGCGGAGGGUGUUCAAAGGAAGAAUUAGAUGGCCUCGCAGCUUCCGGUGUUGACCUUGCUUUAACUUCAAUUGAUUGCGGUAACGAUGCAAACGGUCCUGUUCAACUGGAUGAGACGAGCGAAGAGAAAAGAGGUAUAAUUGAAUAAAUUAUCAUCAUAACGGAUUUACUGUGAAUAUAUUAUGAAUUCAUGAUAAGGUUCAAGCGCAAAGCAAAUCAGGAAAUAUUGUUGCAGGAACAUUGUUUUCUAUAUAGUCAUGUCUUCCCAAAAGGUUGGACAACCAGAGAACAAUGUUUCCUAGCCAUAUGCUUCGCAGAGGUGGGCAAGCUAGGAAACAUUGUUUCCUAGCCAUAUCUCCCCCGAGGUGGACCAACCAAAGAACAUCGUUUCCUAGCCCAUGACAUUCCAAAGGUGAAACAACAACCAACCAGAAAACAUUGUUUUUUAUUAAACAUUGUUUUUUUUAAACAUUUUUUUUUAAACAUUUUUUUAAAAAUUUUUUUUUUAUUGUUUUUUGUUUUUUUUCUUUUUUCUGGCCAACCAGGAAACAUUGUUUCCUAGCCAUGUCUUCCCCGAGGUGGACCAACGAAAGAACAUUGUUUCCUAGCCCAUGACAUUCCAAAGGUGGCCAACCAGCAAACAUUGUUUCCUAGCCAUGUUUGCUAAAGCUGGACAAACCAGGAAACAUUGUUUCACAACCAUGUCUUCCCAAAGGUGGGCCAACCAGGAAACAUUGUUUCCUAGCCAUCUUUCCCAAAGGUGGGCCAACCAGCAAACAUUGUUUCCUAGCCAUGUUUGCUAAAGCUGGACAAACCAGGAAACAUUGUUUCACAACCAUGUUUUCCCAAAGGUGGGCCAACCAGGAAACAUUGUUUCCUAGCCAUGUUUCCCAAAGGUGGGCCAACCAGGAAACAUUGUUUCCUAGUCAUGUCCUCCUAAAGGUUGACCAACCAAGGAACAUUGUUUCCUAGCCCAUGACGUUCCAAAGGUGGACCAACCAGGAAACAUUGUUUCAUAGCCAUGUCUCCCCAGAGGUGGACAAACCAGGGAACAUUGUUUCCUAGCCAUGUUUCCCAAAUGUUGACAAACCAAGAAACAUUGUUUCCCAGUCAUGUUUUUUUUCCCAUUUUCGAGCCUCUGAGGCUUGUGAUUCUGGAAGUUGAGACACAACUUUUUGAUAUAUUCAUGCACUAGACAAAGUUUUGGUCAUAGUAAAUUGAAACGCUCUUCUUAACUAAGUUAUUAUUCCCUUUUUUGCAUGCUCAUAUUUUGGACAGAAGGGACCUUUAUACUGCGAGGAGGGGGGGAGCAUGGUUUGCUAUGGGGUCUGAGGGGGACUUACCUCCUUGCAAGUGUAUACCCCUGUUUGACGGGGAGCAUUAAGUUGCGAAUGACGUGGUUAAUCAGGUUCUAUUUUCCUUUUUCCAGGUUGCUCUAUCGACUAUAGUGCGAGUCCUGCUUGCUGCAGUCCCGAGUGUAAUUGGAUAAUGGAACUGCAUUGCAUGAGCCCCAUUCAGAUGAUUUGCAAGAAGAAAUAAACCUCAAAAUUGACCACUCCAAUACCUUGACGUAUAGACCUAUGUAAUCCUGUGUUAUCUUAAUAAUUUAUCCUCUGAAAAUAUUCAUUAUUGACCACAUUAGUAAAGGAAUAAUAAAAAUCAGCUCGCGACUGACUUAUAUAUAAUAUAUAAAAAACUUUAUAAUAUAAAUAUAAUAUACAGCUGUAUGAGAAACUUGUAAUUGCCUGUGUAAAAUAUAUUAAUAAUGCGUGUAAAAAUAUCUGUCUUUUAUUUUUACAGUAG